UCGAUAGAAAAUGACAUAGUUCUCUUUCGUUAUUGUUAAGAAUAAAUAGUAGGUAAGUGCCUAGUGUUCAUUUUGUCCAUUAGUAAAUUAAAAAUAAUAUGACGGAAACUGCAGAGUAAGCAUAUUGUGGUGAUCGGACCAGUACCCAUCGAAAAAUGGGGUUGUUGUCGAUGCUGAAGCGGUUGCGGUCGUCCCCGGACAAGGAGCUUCGCAUCCUACUGCUGGGUCUGGACAACGCGGGAAAGACGACGCUGAUGAAGAAACUCGCGUCGGAGGACGUGUCGCACAUAACGCCCACCCAGGGUUUCAACAUUAAGUCCGUGCAGGCGGACGGCAUGAAACUGAACGUAUGGGACAUUGGCGGGCAGCGCAAGAUAAGACCGUAUUGGCGCAACUAUUUCGAGUUCACCGAUAUACUAAUUUACGUUGUGGACAGCGCAGACAGAAAACGUGUGGACGAAACAGGAUUCGAAUUGAACGAACUGCUCAACGACGACAAAUUACUCGGUGUACCAGUGUUGGUAUAUGCCAACAAACAAGACUUGGCGCUAGCGGCAAAAGCUUCGGAAAUAGCGCAAGAACUCAACUUGCAUCUAAUUCGUGAUCGGCCCUGGCAAAUACAGGCGUGUUCAGGCAUACGCGGGGAAGGCAUCAAAGAAGGAUUGGAAUGGAUCAGUCAAAAUGUAAAAAAGAAGUAAUUAUGUACAUUUAAUGAAUAUUUUGUUCACAUUAAUUACCAUAGUUUAUUUCAUAGGUAUAUGUAAGAAUUACUAAUUAGUGUAAUAUUUUAUUAUCA